UCAACCUUCUCCACCGCAGCUUCCCCAGGCCUGGGAAAAGGCGACAUAUUGAGAUGUUCAGCUCCCAACUUGGGGCCCGGCGGUAAUUAAAAUGAUGGCCCACGCUUUCCCACAGUCCCUGCCCAUCCCGCCAAAGCCGAGUUCUAUUGUCCGGCGGCCUCCCCAGUCCACCUGCUCCUCUGGGAGCAGUCAUUACUCCCCAGGCAAUUCACAACCAAUUUACCAUACAGUAAUAGAUGCUCUCUCUUUUGUCCUGCGGAAGGCCUGGAUUGGCCAGGGAGUGUGGGAACCUCGGAAGAUCGCUGGCCCCAUGCAUUUGUAUGCAGCCCUGGGCAUAUAAAUAGAGGAGCCCGCGUUCCGAGCCAGCAUCCGCCAGCAGCUCCAACUCCCAACCGAAAUCUCCUCGGCCGCUGGCCCCUGCAGCCUUCCUCCAGCCAUGGCUCCCAACGCGAUUUCUCUGGAUAUCCUCACUCCCAAAGAGAAAAACAGACUGAGGAAGCCGGUGGUGGAGAAGAUGCGCCGGGACCGCAUCAACAGCAGCAUCGAGCAGCUGAAACUCCUCCUGGAGAAGGAGUUCCAGAGACACCAGCCCAACUCCAAGCUGGAGAAGGCUGACAUCCUGGAGAUGACCGUUAGUUACCUGAAGCACAGCAAAGCUUUUGCAUCCUGCCCCAAGAGCCUGCAACAAGACUACAGCGAAGGCUACUCUUGGUGCCUCAAAGAAGCGGUUCAGUUCUUGACUCUGCACUCGGCCAACACGGACACGCAGAUGAAGCUGCUUUAUCACUUCCAGAGGCCGCAGGCCUCCCUGGCCACGAUUCCAGACUUGAAACCGCCUUCCUCCUCUCCCCUGUCCCCUGCUACCUUGACCAAGCCAGCAUCCGGACAGUCGCCUUCUGGCAGUAACCUCUGGCGGCCUUGGUAGGACCGUGAGGACUCUGAAUGCCGGGGGGACCCAUGCUUAUCUGAUCCAGAGGAAAAUCCGGACUUGCUUUCCAAGUCUCUGGCUCCUCUAGAAUGUAGAGCAAAAUGCUUUCUCCCUUUCUUUUACAGAGCACUAAGUGCUCCAUUUUUGUUCUCCCCUUCUCAUUGAAGGAUAUUGAUUCUCCUGGUCCAGCCUGCUGGACCAGAGAGAGGGCCAUUCUAAAAGGAUGGAAAGUUAUGUUCCCUGAGGACUGUUGGCCAAUCUUCAGUGAAGAGGGCUCCAUAUUAUCUAACCUGAUUUAUUAAGGUUGCAAUGUGUUGGUCUGCACCCCAGCCCGAGUAACUUCAAAUUUGUCCACAUUGUGGCACCAGAGGGGUCCUAGAAUUUUGUUAUCACACGCUGGGGGAUGCUGCAUCCCCACAGGGACCCACGGGAGAGGGCAUCCUUCAGGGCAUGUGCCAAUUUCAAGCAGGCUGUGGGGGCAGAUGAACUAGUGACGCCUUUUGUAAAGGCAGUACCCGUGCAUAUCCUCAUAGGAAAAAAGUAACAACUGGUAUUGUUUUUAUGAUGGAUGUAUUUAUCGGAAGCCUUUCCAGGAAAGGCCACUGUACAAAUUAUAUUUUAGGGGUGGGGCUUUCUGUGUUUUGAGGGUGGGAUCAUUGGGGAAAGGGGAGGGGAGAUCAAUGUCUGUUAUUCUCCUAAAAGGAUCUCGAUGUUGCCUGAUAUGGAGGGCCUGGAAUUUGUAAUCAGCGUUCAAAGCUGUCAUUGGACAGCAUGUAGAAAUGGCCUACAUGCUGGAAAUGGAAAUAAAUCUUUAU